AUGAGGACAGACAAAGAUAUAAAGGUUUCUCCUGAAAUCUGUGAGUUAAUUGAGCAGAUAUUAGGCCUGCUUUCCCGGUAUCUCUCAUCUUAUAUUCAUGUUUUAAACAAGUUCAUUAGUCAUUUGCGAAGGGUUGCCACCUUACGAUUUGAGAGAACUACAUUGAUCAAAUUUGUCAAGAAAUUGAGAUUUUACAAUGAUUGUGUAUUAAACUACAAUGCAGAGGACCUUCAUGAAGGUAAAGACGAAUUAGAUCUGAGUACGAACUCGCUCGAUAAGGUCGUCCUACCAGUAGCUUCAAUGUUCGUAAAAUGUGUCGAAACAUUUGACUUACUAAACUAUUAUCUAACACAAUCAUUACAGAAGGAAAUUAUAUCCAAGACUUUGAAUGAGGAUCUUACACUAACGGCAGAGUCAAUAUUAGCUAUUGACGACAGUUAUAAUCAUUUUGUGAAGUUUUCUCAGUGGAUGAUUGAGUCAUUGUGCAGAGGAAGCAAUCUUCUAGAUAUAGAGGUUGUUCAAUUCGCCAUCAAAUGUGCUGAUGAGGACGGUACAAAUACUGGAGAAACUGACAAUAUCUUUUUACAGGAAAUUCUUCCCGUCGAUUCGGAAGAGGAAUUUCAGACCUUGUCAGCUGCUUGGCAUUCUAUUUUAGAAAGCAAACUAAAUACCUUGGACGAAGAGUUCGAUGUCGUUGCCGCCAAGUGGCAUGACAAAUUUGGCAAGCUGAAAAAUUGA